CAUACUUUAUCCUCAGUGACAUGGCUCGUACUAAGCAGACCGCUCGUAAAUCUACGGGUGGGAAGGCUCCACGGAAACAGUUAGCUACUAAAGCUGCUCGUAAGAGUGCGCCUGCAACGGGAGGAGUGAAAAAACCUCAUCGUUAUAGGCCUGGAACUGUAGCUCUCAGAGAAAUUCGAAGAUAUCAGAAGAGUACGGAACUCUUGAUGCGUAAAUUGCCUUUCCAACGUCUCGUUCGUGAAAUAGCACAAGACUUCAAAACGGAUCUUCGUUUUCAAAGUUCUGCUGUGAUGGCUUUGCAAGAAGCCAGCGAAGCUUACCUUGUUGGACUUUUCGAAGACACUAACUUGUGCGCUAUUCAUGCCAAACGAGUUACAAUCAUGCCAAAGGAUAUCCAACUUGCUCGCCGCAUUCGUGGAGAAAGAGCUUAAGUUUUAGGUUCCACCUUUUACAACAAUCGGCCCUUUUCAGGGCCCAAUUUUUUUUCAAACGAAAAACACUUUCGUGAUCAUUUUAUUAGAAUUUCCAGCUUUUAAAAGAAUCAUUAAAUCAGGUUCAAAAAAAUAUUUUUCCCAUAAAAGUCAAAUCUCGAACGUAUAUUGUAAUACACUCAAUUUGGAAUUUAGUUGAAAGGUAGUUAUGUCUUAAAUAACUAAUCUUAUAAACCUGUCAGAUACAAGGGAUCGAGAUUUUCUAAUGCAAGAUAGAUCCCAAGUAUUCGACAGAAUGCCUGAAACGAAUGUUGCACCGCUAUGUACGUUGGUGCUGUUCUUUAUUUGUAGCUGUACAGUUUGUAUUUGAGUAAAAUUCCGAACAUGUCAAUAAUAACUUGCCCAGCCGUUCUAAAAUGCCGUGUUGAUCAUAAAGAAUUGGCGGAUCAACGGCAACAUCUCCAGAGUACUAAUCUAUUUCGUAAUAUAUUCAGUAUUAAAAAAU